AUGGGCAAGAUGAUGGUGGACGGGAGACGGCUGGAGGCGGCGGCGGCGGCGGCACGGGUUGGCGCGUCGGCAGUCAUUGUCAGUCGGUCCCGGGCGGAUCUCGGCGUCAUGUCGUGCAAUCCUUCCAUUGGCGGCAUUGGCAAAGGUGCGCUUGUUCGGGAAAUCGAUGCGCUGGACGGCAUCAUGGGUCUGGCGGCUGAUCACGGCGGUGUUCAGUUCAAGGUACUCAACGCGUCAAAGGGCCCGGCUGUCCAUGGGCCACGGGCGCAAAUGGAUCGUGAUCGGUACAAGGAAGGUGUAUGGAGAGUGCUGGCAGAGGAUGAUCGGUAUGCAGAGCGGCUGCGAAUUGUUGAAGCGUCGGCAGAGGACAUUGUGCUGUCCGCUGAUGGCAAGCGGGUCGAGGGUCUGGUCCUCGGCGACGGCUCGGUCAUUGCUGCACCGACGGUUGUCCUCGCCACAGGCACCUUUCUUCGCGGUGUUGUUCACAUUGGCGGCGAGUCGCGACCGGCAGGUCGGGCCCAGGAGGCACCGGCGAUUGGGCUGGCACAUACGCUGGAAGAGAAGCUUGCGCUGCCGCUUGCGCGGCUCAAGACCGGGACGCCACCGCGGCUGGCGGCCAACUCGAUCGUGACUGACGGCCUAGCGGUGCAGGUGGGCGAUGAGCCGCCAGUCCCAUUCUCGUUUCUCUCGUCGGGCUGUAGCCUCGUCUCUGGCGACGAGGCCAUCAAGUGUUAUAUGACCCACACCAACGCGGCGACGCAUGCGGUGGUAGCGGGCGCCAUGGAGCUGUCUCCGGUGUACCUCUCUGGCGAGGGCGCCGGCGUCGGCCCGCGGUACUGUCCUUCGCUCGAGGCCAAGGUCGACCGGUUCCCAGACAAGGCUGCGCACCAGGUGUGGCUCGAGCCUGAGGGCAUUGACUCGGACGUGGUGUACCCCAACGGGAUUUCAAACGCACUGCCGCUCGAGGUCCAGGAGAAGCUGGUGCGUACCAUUGCGGGGCUGGAGCGUGCUGACAUUCUUGUCCCAGGCUACGGGGUCGAGUACGACUACGUGAACCCGGCCAAGGCGCUGACGCCGUGGCUGGAGACGCGGCUCGUGGCGGGCCUCUUCCUUGCCGGCCAGAUCAACGGGACGACCGGUUAUGAGGAGGCUGCGGCGCAGGGCGUCAUUGCCGGGCUCAACGCCGGGCGACGGGCGCUGAGCAGAGCUGGUCCCCCGUUUGAGCCAUACGUGCUCUCGCGGGCCGACGCCUACGUCGGCGUCCUCAUCGACGACCUCAUCACCAAGGGCGUGACCGAGCCGUACCGGAUGCUGACAUCGCGGGCCGAGUUCCGGCUCGCGCUGCGGCCGGACACCGCCGACGCGCGGCUCUCGCGCGACGGGCCAGGGGUGAGCAGUGUGCGAGCGGCGCGUGCUGCCCGUGUCGAGGAAACUGCGACCGAGCUGUGGGCGCUCCUCGACGAGAGCGUAGCACUGACGCCGUACGAAUGGUCAACGAGGCUGGGCAUGGCGGUGGCACAAGACGGGGUGCGGCGGUCACUGGCAGCGAUGCUCGACCGGCCGGGCGCAGACGUACAGGCGCUGGUGGCGGCGGUCAAUGCCGCGUUGCCCGGCAUGGUGCCCGAGCGAGUGAUUGAGCUUCUCGACCACGACGCUUCGGCAUUGAGCGGCGCGGCUGCCACACGGGUCGGCAUCCGCGGUCGGUACCAGCACUACCUUGCGCGCGAGGCUGCGCGGGUGGAGUCAAUGACCGCCGCCACUGGCCUGCGGAUUCCCGAGUGGCUCGAGUACGAGACGCUGACUGAGCUCUCGCUGGAGGAGCGCGAGAAGCUCAGUAUGGUCCGGCCGGCGACGCUCGCUGAGGCUGCGGCGAUCGAGGGCGUGACGCCGAACGGGGUACACCUUCUGAUGCGGGCUGUCUCGCGUCGCACAACUUCGUGAUACAGCCGCGUCACUGUAGGCUGCCGACCGGAAGCGAUGACGGCGGCGCACCAACGGGAUCAAACGGGAGGUGGACAAACGGCAGCUCCGCUGACCCGGCAAAGGGCGGAAUGAGGUACGGCGCGAGGACUGGUGGGACAGAGAUGCCUGUGGGAGUCUGCCAUGCUUCGAGAAGCGCGCAGAGAGUUCGAUGGGUGGCGACAAGGGUGGCAUUAAUCAUGUGUACGUGGUUACGUGACGGCACGGUCCGAACGUCAAGAGCGCGCGCCUGGUAGUCGGUGCACGACGAGGCCGAGACGAGCUCGCCCCAUCGGUCGGGCGCGAAUUCGGGCGCGGCUGCAAACUCGGCUUCGAUGUCAAACUUGAGCGCGGCCGCAUGCGAAAGGUCUGCCGCUGGCAUAGCGACGAGCCGCGUCGAGAGCUCGAGCGAAGCGUAAAAUUCGAGGGCG